GGGCACUGAAAGAGGACAAACAUGCCCGGCACGUGGUCAGUGACAUCAUGGGACUGGAGCUCUUCCUCAUUCAAAAUGACUCACUGUUCGUCGGCGAACUGAGUCGACCGAGAGCCCAGUGACCUUCGCUUAUCAAAACUUGUGGCAACAUGUUAGAUUAUUUCAUUAUUUGGAAGAAAAACUUCAUGGGAAAAGCUUUCACACUUCUUUAGGAAUCUCAAGAUGACACAGUUAAUGUUCAGAGAUGCUUUCUGGGGGUCCAAUUUUACCUGCCAUGCUGGCUACGAAGCCCUGAUGCAACGCUUGCGAGAUGGAAGACAAAUGUGCAAAGAUGUGGAAGAGCUGUUGAGAAUGAAGGCGGCAGCAGAGGAUAAGUACGGGAGGGAACUGGUGACAAUAGCCCGCAAAGCUGGAGGAUACGCUGAAAUCAGCACUCUGAAAAAUUCCUUCGAGCAGCUAAAAACACAGAUGGAGAACAUGGGAAACUUUCACAUCCAACUGUCAGAAGCACUGAAAGAGGAGGUGAAAAAGGUGGAGGCCUUCAGGGAACGGCAGAAAGAACAGAGGAAGAAGUUUGAAAGCAUCAUGGAGAAAGUGCAGAAAAAAAAGGUGUCCCUGUUCAGGAAAACCAUGGAGUCAAAGAAGAACUACGAGGUGAGAUGCAAGGAGGCGGACGAGGCCGAGCAAACGUCAGAGAAGAAUGUCGUUGCACUCAAAAAUGGGGAUAAGGCACGCCACAGGGCCAAGCAAUGCAGACAGGCAGCGGGUGAAGCAGAGAAGUUGUACUUGACCAGUGUGGAGCAGCUAGAAAGCGUCCGCCAAGAUUGGGAGGAAACGCACCGAAGCACGUGCGAGGUGUUUCAGCAAAUGGAGGCCGAUCGCAUCGGUGUGCUCAGGUGCGCCUUGUGGGACCAUUGCAAUCACAUCUCCAUGCAGUGUGUCAAAGAUGACGAGCUGUUCGAGGAGGUAAGGAAGCACCUGGAGCACUGCGACAUCACAACAGACAACAACGCUUUCAUUGAGAUGAAAAGGACAGGGUGGCACCCACCAGAGCCCAUCGUGUUUGAAAGCUAUUACGAGGGGGACACCGCCACCAGGGACGGAAACGGCCUCGCCCACUUCACCAGGGGCAGGGAAGACGUCACGAGGAGGACCUCGGAUCCUCUACUGGGAGCUUCUGUGGAAAUUGUUGCCGGGAACCCCUCAACAGCGCCCCCUCCUAGUGGGGAAGACGGGUCACACACGUCUUUGUUGGGCCUCCAGCAGCCGACAGUGGACGAGUACGCCUACAUCGCGCUUUACAACUACACUGCACAGAUGGAAGACGAGCUGACGGUCAAAAGAGGUGACGUGGUUCAGGUCCUGGAGCGCAGCGAGGACGGCUGGUGGACCGUGGAGAGAAACGGCCGGGAGGGACUCGUGCCCGGGAACUAUUUGGGCAAACUCUGAAUAGACUCGGUCUAGGAAAUGGUCAGAUGAAACUAAAACAUGAGUGUGUGACAUUCCUAAACAAGCAAAUCAACAUACAGUAUAAGGGCUCUAAUUUCAUGGACUGCACAACUCUGUCUGAGAGCAAAAACAGGCCUUUUCGAUUGUCAAGCAAGACUCGCGGUCAUCAGUUUGCCAGACCGGGAUGUGCCAGGCUGAGCAUAUCGGCGCAGUGAAGGUGGGAUUUUCUCUGUAAUCUUAAAUGUACAGGACAACUCCAAAUAUUCCUUCAAAUUUGACAUAGUGUUUUUGAAGUGAGGUAACACGGUCAACAGGACACGGUGGACAAAGAACUUCAAUAUUUUCUUUUUUAAGAUGAUACAAGUUCAAAAUAGUGACCAUAUUUCAAUCUUGAAAAUGAAAGAUUCCCCUCCACCCCCGGCUGCUUCGUAUGCACAUGAAAGUUAUCCACUGCUGAAAGCAUGACUUGGCACAUACUUGACGUCACUCCCCCAAACGAAAGGGUAAAGUUGAAGCAUCUCAGAACACUGCACGGCUCAGGUUAUAAAUAUUUCCACUAUUACAUGUGUUCCAUAAUGUACCGUUCUUCAUCAAGUCUCUUUGAGUUGGGAAUAGUUUCAUCCACUUCCUUUAUUUUAUUAUUCAUUAACUAUUCAUUUUGAUACAUAAGUGAAUUUUGUCGUGUUUAUUGACCUGCCUCAUGUUUAUGAAUGUCAACAAAUCCCUUAUUUGAAUUAAAACCCUUCUUUGGCAAUUCUAAUGUCCAUCCUUCUCAUCCUUGUAAGUUUUUUCUUUUAUUUAAAAUAUUUCAAUGGAUUUUCGCAUGUGUUAAAAAUAACAUUUU